AUGUGAAAGGAGCAUUUGAAAAGUGUAUUUCCUAGCUGGUUAUUCAUACGUAAACAAUUUUGUAUCUCACAAGUGAGGGUAAUGUUACUAUAAAAGUCAGUAGAUCUGUCAUACUUUUCGCUUAUACUAAGUCACAAAACUCACAUAUCUUAAAGGUGUUAUAAGCGAAAAAAGAGCAAAUUAGUUACCCUUUAAAUACUUCUUAAGAAUCAGUUAUUAUAAGAUAAUUUGGCUAGAAAUCAACCGUGCAAACUGGAACUUUCAUGGUUCUAGUUCUGAAGUUCUUCUGAAGCAAAUUUAAUAAAUUUGUUUAAACUCCUGGCUUGUAGCAUAAUUUUCGGAUGCGUAGACAUUAAAUUAAACCGAAAACCAAUCCAUCCCAUGUCCAAAGUCAUUUUGGUUUAUGUAUAAAUAAUGUUUAAUCUGUUAUCUGGGAUUAUCCCAAAAGUGGGACUUUCUGGGGGCAGGCAGAGCACAUUUGUUUCAGUAACAGUCCAAUCGAGAUGGUGAACGGAGACCUGAGAAUACAAUACUACGAGGAAGAGCUCAACAUCCGCAAGGUUAUCGAGCAGGCAGACCUAGAAAAUCUGGACCAGGCCCUCAACAUCUGUGACUUGUCCAGCCUGGAGCGGAAGCUUCGCCUCUGGCACAAGCUUAUGCCCAGGAUUGAGCCCCACUAUGCCGUCAAGUGCAACGACGAUCCGGUGGUGGUCAAGUUUCUGGCGGAUCUCGGAACUGGAUUCGACUGCGCCUCCAAAAACGAACUUAAACUAGUCCUAGGAUUUGGAGUUUCGCCUGAGCGCAUUAUCUUCGCACAUCCCUGUCGUCCUGCUAGCCACUUGAGGUACGCCAAGGAGCAGCAGGUGGUCAACGGUACUGUGGAUAACGAGUUCGAGAUUUACAAGCUGAGGAAGCACUAUCCAGACUCCAACCUCAUAUUGAGGUUCAAAAGUGAGGCAAAAAAGGCGCUGUGCCCCUUGGGCGACAAAUACGGAUGCGAUGCGGAGGCGGACGCCGCAGCCCUAAUGCUGCUGGCCAAGGCCUUGGAUCUGAAGGUAACCGGUACCAGCUUCCACGUGGGUUCCGGAUGCAGCGAGGUGGAGGCCUACGAUCGGGCCAUCGAGAAGGCGGAAAACAUCUUUAAGGUCGGCGAGCUGAUAGGUCACAAGAUGCAGCUAUUGGAUGUUGGCGGUGGCUUUCCUGGCAUUGAUGAUGCGAUGUUCGAGGAAAUAGCACAGGCGGUAAACACAUCUGUGGAGCUGCGUUUUCCCGAUGAGCGUGUCCGCAUAAUUUCCGAGCCAGGACGUUUCUUUGUGGAGGCCGCCUACACAUUGAUCUGCAAGGUGCAUGCCAAGCGGGAAGUGCGCAGCAAGGAUGGCAAGCUGGACACCAUGAUGUACUACCUGAAUGAUGGAAUCUUCGGAGCUUUCGCAGGAAUGUUUUACUACCCUGAGGAGGUGGCCCCAGAGCUCUACUUGGACGAAGCUGAGAGCUUGCCUAAACUCAAGUCUGUGAUUUGGGGACCCAGCUGCGAUGCUUUGGAUAAGAUAUCGGACUUGCUAUUGCCCAACUUAAAUCCGGGCGAUCUUUUGGGCUUUCGCAAUAUGGGAGCCUACACCAUGCCCAUUGCCAGUCCCUUCAAUGGAUUCGAUGUGCCGGAGACCAGGUUCUUCAAGGCAAAGUAACUUUAUCAAUACUUGUUAUGCUCAACUUAAAAUUAAAAUUUACAUAUAUCUUUUAAUGGAUUCAAAUAUGCAACUAGCAUUACAGCGAUAAGAUGUUAGGGAUCAAUAAGUCUCUAUUUGGAAACAGAUAAUAUUAAUAUUUAAAAUAAGGGAUUUGCUGAGAAAAGAAGCAACUGAUUCAACAAAGUAUCAACCAAAGAAACGAAGGUGUUCGCGAAUUCUUCAGGAUUUUGAGGAGGUAUCUUCAGUUCUAUUUGUUCGAUACUCGACUAUUCCUAGAGAUUGCCGAUCAUGUGUAAUUAGACCCCGUUUUUUCAUAAUAUCACGACGUAAAUAAAACUCUCGCUUGCAUUUGUAA